GCAUGCAUUUCGUGCGAGAUGGCGCCAGCAACAACGCUUAGGAUCAUCAGUCCUCUCUCAGAUAUAUGAAACCAUGGAGAGUGGCCUCUUUACGGUGCCUAAUGAACGCAGCAGUCGUUUGGCUUUCCAACAAUUCAACCACCUCGGCAUUGUGAAAGAUGUUGCAGGCUUUGGUGCUGCUAGUAGCGGCAUGGGUCGUUGCAGUAGCACUAUAUGGCAUAUACAAUGUGACCCUGCACCCGCUCCGCUCCUAUCCCGGCCCUCUACUCUGGCGCGCCUAUCGCCUACCUGCCACUCUGUCACUUCUCAAAGGGCGAUUUCCUUUCGACAAACUCGAACUGCACAAGCGCUACGGCCCAGUGGUUCGAGUUGGACCUUGGGAGCUGUCAUAUACCAGCUCAGCGGCGCUCAAAACCAUAUACGGCCACCAUAAUCCUGCAGUAACCGGUUACUCCGAAUUCGAUAAAGACCGCAUCGAAUUCCUUACUUCUGCCAAUGGAGUGUGGAAUGUCCUCAGUGCAUAUGCGGAAGAUCACAGCCGGUUCCGGCGGCUACUGAGCCAUUCUUUCAGUGACAAAGGGUUGAAGGAGAUGCAACCCCGGAUUCAAGCCUUGAUUGAGCUUCUCGUCAAACGUCUGAAGGAAGCAGCAGACAGAGGCGAAUAUACGAAUAUCGCCGAAUGGUUCAACUGGACUACCUUUGAUGUAAUAGGAGAUCUCGCAUUUGGCUCCUCAUUUGGGUGCCUUGAAAAGCAAAGAACGGAUCCAUGGAUCGCGGCGAUAGGCGGAAACGUCAAAAGCUUCCCAGUCAUUGCAGCAAUCAAGCGAUACCACCUUACCGCAAUCUUACCCUACCUGGUGCCUAAGAAGCUAGCAAAGUUCCGAGCGGAAAAUCUGAGGAGGAAUGAAGCGCAAAUCGAGGCGCGCAUCGAGCAAGGGACUGAAAGAGGAGACUUCUGGGACAAAGUAAUCGAGAAGUCGGAUUUCGAAAAGGGCACAGGAAUGACGAAGCCGGAGAUGGUGGCGAAUGCGCCGGCGCUGGUCCUUGCCGGCAGUGAAACUACUGCCACAUUACUGUCCGGGACCACAUAUCUCUUGCUGAAGCAUCCCGAGGUUUUUAAGAGGUUGAAGCAGGAGGUUAGAGCUUCGUUCAAGGACGAGAGCGAGAUAGAUCUGCAAAGCGUCAGUAAGCUUGAGUAUAUGUUAGCAGUUCUGGACGAGAGCAUGCGCAUAUACACGCCAGUACCGAAGCAAGGAAACAGAAUCGUCCCGAAAGGGGGUGUUAUGAUGGCCGGACAGUGGGUCCCUGGAGGGACAUCGGUGGAGGUUUCCCAAUAUGCGACAAGUCUUUCAGAGACAAACUUCCGCAACCCAAAUUCCUUUGUGCCCGACAGAUGGCUAAAUCCUCCCCCUACCGAAUAUGCGGAUGAUGACCGCGCCGCGCGCGCUACUUUCUCUCUCGGUCCUCGAAACUGUAUUGGCCGAAAUCUGGCAUAUGCUGAAAUGCGACUUAUUCUAGCAAAGAUUUGCUUCAAUUUUGAUAUGGAGCUUGAUGAGGAGAGAUGUGGAGACUGGAUAGGCGAUCAAAAGAUUUUCGGUCUCUGGGAGAAAGGGCCACUGUGGAUGAGGUUGAAGCGUGCCUAGGUAAAUGCUUUCAUGUUCGCGGCAUAUCGCAAUGAGAGCAGAGUACAAGGUCCCCAGUUAUCCCGGGAGACUCUCUCAGAAUUUCAUCAUGCAAAGACAUUAUCAUUGCACUACUCAUCGGAACUUCUUCUUGAGCAUUGGCUGGACGCUGUCUUAACUACUAGAUCAGAAGUAGCUAGGAGGAAGUACCUGUUCCUCUCUCUUCACCGCUGC